GCCUGCUACUGUAUCUUGGGCUUCUGCGGGAGCUGUGUAUGAGGUGUUAAGGACUGUAUGAACAGUAUUUAGUCUUACAGAGCUUUCUGCGCAAGAAGAGCGAGGCUCUGCGCGAGUGCCCGGACACGAGGACAGCCCCCGAAUCCAGCGUUCUGACUGUUGCCUGGAUACCGGCCCACAAGCGGCCGGCCGGGUUAAUAAAACCGGACAGACAUUUUCCAAAGAUCGGCAUGGGAACACGACAAUAAAAUGUCGAUUACUGACUGAAAAUAUACCUAAAAAAUAAAUAAAGGAAAGCUGUAACCUGUUGCGGUAAAUCUUGCACGCUCCAAAAUGCCUGAGGUUGAACUGCUCCGAUUUUCCUCUAAGGAAGGUGAAUGCCAGUUUCAAGGUGAAACCAAUGACAAUUUCUCAAAGGCACUGGUGUCCUCAUUUCCAACAGCCAAGGUCACUAGUGAGACUAUUCAAAAGCCACAAGAGAAUUCAGAUAAUGGUGAGGAGAAUGAUUUACAGAGAGUCUGUUCCUUAAGACGCCGCAGUUGUGCCUUGGUUAACACUCCAUCACCUUGUGUCAACAAAGCUAUUCACCACGUUCAAGAGCUUGAGAGAAAGAUUGAAGGCUGGAUUCAACAGAUGGAAAGGGAAGUUUCCCCGCAGACAAAUCACAGUGGCAAAAUUGUAAGAUUUUCAACCACAGAAGGUAAUACUGCUCCUCCCAUCAUCACGUCUUUAGUUUCUCCCGGCCUGUGCAUUGAAGGGAAGGAACUUUGUGUAAGAGAGGGCGGCACAUCGACCCCUCUCAACGCAGAGACAGGAGCCGUGCUGUUGGAGGUUAUUGACCUGCUUGGCCGUCUUGAAGCUGACCGCCAAGAGGCAGAAGAGGCUUUGAAGAAGGAGAAAGAGCGAAGAAGAGCACUUGGGGAGAAAAUCGAUCGCCUGUCGCUGUGGAGGCUGCAGCAGCUCCCAGCUGCAGUGCAGAAAGAACAUGAAGCCUGUGUCCGAGACAUCAGUGAAUUGCAGUGGCAUCUUAAGUUCAAAAAGGAAAGACUGCAACACGUGAAAGAUCGGAUGACAAAGGCUGAAGUAUUGAACCAGAGGCUGUGUGAAGACAUUGACUUUGUGAAGAAACAUGGUCCACUUUUGAAGGGAAAGCUGGAAAUGGAAAGCAGUAUAAUGAACCAAAUUAAAUGUGCUCAAGAUGAGGCCAAUGAGACACUGUCAAAGGCCGUCCUUGAUCUCGGAAACGCGCAGCAACAUUUUGAAGAGGAACAGCUCAGAGCUGCCACAGAAAGAAAUGGAAUGGCUAAAGAACUUGAUGGUAUCGCUGACCAAUUAAAAGGAAUCUUAAAAGAUCUUCAGCAGUUAAAGCAUCACUGGAAUGCCUAUAGCAGCAAAAUUGCAGAGAUUGAGGAAAAGCUGACACUUAAAGAAAAAAUAUGUGAAUAUCUGCUGAAACAAAUUCCUCAUCUUCGGGAACAGGAAAUAACAAUGAAUGGCGAAGCAGAAGAGUUGAGAUUAAAGAUAGAAGAUCAAAUGCUAAAAAUUCAACAGUUAGAAGAAGAUACUUCAGAGCUUCAGAGACAAAUUCAAGUGACUAGCUCAAUGGGUGAAGCUGAGGUCCGUCAGCUAGAGCAGGAAUACAACCAGAAACGCCAAGCUCUGCUGGCACUGAGCGAGAAGAACAGAGAGUGCGAACUGGAGACUGAAGACUUCACUCGCCACAUUCAGCAGAGUGAGCAAUCAACUGUGCAGCUCCAGAAGGACAGGAAGAGGAUGCUGCAGAAAAUCAGCCAGAAUGAGGAGCAGAGAGACAGGGUGAAGGAAGAGCUCUCCCAAGUGGCUGCAGCUCAUAAUGCAACCAAGGCAAAGCUGGAGGACCACGAGCAGCAGAUAUACGUGGAGGAGCAGAGGAUGAGGGAAGUAGCUGAAAACAUGAAAAGGCAGAUAAUGAGUGAAAUGAAAGCAAUUGCCAUUCUAAAGGGCAAAAUAGCUUCAGAAAAAACAGAAUUACAACAAGGUCAAACUAAUACAGAAAAGGAGAAAGUGGAAAUCCAGAAGGCGUUUGAAGAUUCAUCGUCUUCCAUUUUGGAGCUUGAGAAAGAGGUUGAGGAAUUUCAAAGGAUGUACAAUGAGAAAAAAGAGUGUAUUGAAAAUAUGAAGAAAAAUAUCCAGGAACUUGAAGUGCAGCACAAAACAACAGCUGAAAAAUUGGAACAGAAGAAAACCACUCUCCUCCACCACUUGAGAGAUGUAGAGAACAGGCAUGCAGCAGUGUCGGCAGAGUUGACUCAUGUAUUGAGCAGGAUAGAAGACCUCAGCAGAAAAACUGAAGAAUACCGAGUUUCAAAAUGUGUCAUGGAAAAGACAGCAAGAACAAUGCCAGAUGCCAUUGAAAAACUUCAAGCUGAUUUUGAUGCCGUGGACUUCAAACACAAAACUGCUACUUCUAUUAUUAACAGCCUUCAGAGUGAGAUUUCAAACUGCAAAGAUCGAAUAAAGCUGUCUGAAGAGACACAUAAAUCCCUCUAUAAAAAUAGACGUAUAACUAUGGAAGAGACCAAG